AUGAAGAGAAAUCCAACCGUCAGUUCAUCACGUAGAAAGUCCAGAAAGGCCCAUUUCACCGCCUCCUCUGGAGAAAGAAGAGUUCGUAUGAGCUCUGCUUUGUCAAAGGAGCUCCGUGCCAAGUACAACGUUAGAUCUGUCCCAAUCCGUAAGGAUGAUGAGGUCAAGGUUGUCUCUGGAGAUCACAAGGACGUCACUGCCAAGGUCAUCGCCUGUUACAGAAAGAAGUACGUCAUCCACCUCGACAAGCUCACUGUCACCAAGGCCAACGGUAACACCGCUCAAAUCGGUAUUCACCCAUCAAAGGUUGUCAUCACCAAUUUGAAGUUGGACAAGGACCGUAAGAAUUUAUUGGAUCGUAAAUGCAGAUCUAAGGAAUCCGACAAGGGUAAGAUCACCAAGUCUGAAGUUUCCGCUGAUGUCAACUAA